AUGUGCAUGAUUUUCCGAACACGAUAUGUCGACUUUGUUUCGCAUCUCACCAAUGACUUAACGCAGAGAAUCCUCCCGCCGACGAACGUGCCGCCCAGCCCUCCGGGAGGUUCCAACAGUCAGUCGAAGGACGCACUACGCACUCUCUUCGUGCAAUUGAACCAACCGGCUACGACACCGGAUGCUUCCCGGCACCUCGAUGCUCUUGAGAAGGUCCCCGUCAGCGAGGCGGCUUUGUGGCGAACGAUGACGAAGAGGCUGACUCUCCCAUUACGGCUGGCGAAGUUGGGUCAGACGGUCGUGACCACUCUGCGAGAACGAAACCUGCCGAUCCAUCCGUCUCUCUUUACCCCUUCGUCACUACGCCGCCUCUUCCCCUCUCAUGGUGUCCUCCGUCCGAACACACUCACAGUAGCUCUUUUCCCGCAUCUGCGCUCACAGCCUUACAGCAUUGCACUCUCAGUCGGCCGCUUCCCUCCAGCGUCUGCGUUUGUGUCCUCUCCCGGGACAAGCGUCCGUUCCGCCUGUUCGGCAUUUAUCUCGACCUCUGUCGGUCUCGGACGCUCGGCUGCCCAGAUCGUUAAUUUGCCCUUGGACCUCACGAGAGGAGAAUGCCGACACAAGCAUCAGGAGCUGAAGGACCUCCGGGACGAACGGGCGGAUCUGCUGGGCACUCUGGUCAAUAUGCGCGACUUGAUCGCGUCUUCCCUCGAGGAUGAGUCCUUGCAGCAGAUGAUUCUCGGUGAUACACCGACUGCUGCAGAUGUCUCUGCGGGCGCUGUUCCUGCCCUCCAAAACAUCGCAGCCGCCCUGUCCGACACUACCGGUGGCCCAUCUUCCUCCUCGACGCUUCGAACUUCUACGCUAUCUGCGCGCAAUCUCGCACGACCGUCGCGCCUCACCCUUCUUUGGCCGCGACUUGUAUUUCUUCCACCUCUCGCGUUGUAUGCGGCCAAGACCGCAUACGCAUCGCGAGCGUCACUGUGCGGGAUGGGCCGGGAGGCAGUCGAAACGAUCAGAGGUUUCUGGGAGCAGUGGUUAUUGGAGCCGCUGAGAGACGUGGUCAAGACGGUACGAGCGGGAGGCGAGGAUGGUGUGAUUGUUAGCCGGGAGAGCGUCAAGGCCGAUCUCGACAAGCUGCACUAUGACGCUCCGCAGAUGGAGGCGCUUUCGCGACAGAUCCAGAUGGGCGACCUGACGCCAAAGCCUUUGAAGUCAGCGAUCGCCGGAACUCUUCUGAGGACAUUGUUCAUUCAAGUACAGAAGGCUAAGGUUGACAUUGACCAGGCACUGGCUGGGAUCGACAAACUACUCAAGUCUCAAGAAUUGACGUUUGCCUUCGUGGGCGUCGCACCUGCUCUGGCUAUUGUAGGUAUGUGGACAGGUGAAAGGGGGAGGGGCAAGUACGGUGGGAAGAAGAGGUGUGCCAGCAUCUGGCUGAAGAUGCGACGUAUCGAACGCCUCCUCAUCGCACAACCCAAAUCGCACCUCAAUCCUUCCCGUGGUGCCGCUCCGCACCCGUCCUCCAUCCCGCCGCUUACUUCGGGACUCCUACUACUUUCCGUUAGCCACCUCCGCGCUUACGCAGAGAACUAUCUGCCUGCGAACUCGAACCUCCGCGAGGGCUUCCUAGAAGAUGUCGUCGAUCUGGAGACCCGGCUCUAGGACGGGCGGAGAAGUUGCGUGUACUGGACCGGAUGUGGCGCAGCUGGGGCGAGGUGCUUGGUUGGGGAAGGGCUGGUCAAAGUGGGAGCCGCCGACCAAUUUGCUGAUGGUGACAUGGAGUAGAAAUGCAAGCCCCUUCACGCCCAUGCGCUCAUGGCCUGCAGCUGACUCCGACUUGGUUCACGACGCGCGUCAAGGUAGCAACUGCGCUCGAACAGAC